CUCCGCGGCGCCAGGCGGAGACGAGGCGGGGUGGUCCGGGACGGUUGCUAAGACUUGGAGAAGCGCUGCGCUCGCGCCCGGAUCCCUCAGGCGGCUGCAGGUUUGAGCCUGCGCCGGUCGGUGAAACAGAGAUGUCAGAAAAGGAGAACAACUUCCCUCCGCUGCCCAAGUUCAUCCCUCUGAAGCCCUGCUUCUACCAGAACUUCUCUGACGAGAUCCCGGUAGAGCACCAGGUCCUGGUGAAGAGAAUCUACCGGCUGUGGAUGUUUUAUUGCGCCACCCUCGGCGUCAACCUCAUUGCCUGCCUGGCCUGGUGGAUCGGCGGCGGCUCGGGGACCAACUUUGGGCUGGCCUUCGUGUGGCUGCUCCUGUUCACGCCUUGCGGCUACGUGUGCUGGUUCCGGCCUGCCUACAAGGCCUUCCGAGCCGACAGCUCCUUUAAUUUCAUGGCGUUUUUCUUCAUCUUCGGGGCCCAGUUUGUCCUGACCGUCAUCCAGGCGAUCGGCUUCUCCGGCUGGGGCGCGUGCGGCUGGCUGUCGGCAAUCGGGUUCUUCCAGUACAGCCCGGGCGCUGCCGUGGUCAUGCUGCUUCCAGCCAUCAUGUUCUCUGUGUCGGCUGCCAUGAUGGCUAUCGUGAUCAUGAAGGUGCACAGGAUCUACCGAGGGGCCGGCGGAAGCUUCCAGAAGGCACAGACGGAGUGGAACACGGGCACUUGGCGGAACCCACCGUCGAGGGAGGCCCAGUACAACAACUUCUCAGGCAACAGCCUGCCCGAGUACCCCACUGUGCCCAGCUACCCGGGCAGUGGCCAGUGGCCUUAGAGGGAGCCAGCCCUGCCCCCACCGCCCACCACCUCCUCCCCUUCAUUCCUGCUGCUACCCCUGGUCCCGAGGGCUGGGAGUACCUGGGGCCCCGUCCCCCGAGCUGGGAUGGUGGAAGCCGGUGGUGGCCACGGACCGCACCCCUCCUGCCAGGGCCACAGAAGCAGUGUUCAUCUCAUCUGAGAGCGGAGUUCCUGGCAAGCGCUCCCCAGCGGCCCUCGGCCUCUGCCGUCCACUGCACGGCUGAUACGGCCUUGUCUUCAGGUCUCGAGGCCUGCCUCCGGGGGACAGGUGGCAGCAGGUCGGCCACCCUCCCGUCCUCCCAGAGCUGCUGGCGCUGAGGCCAGAGCAGGUCUGAUGGGGAGCUCCGUCUCACACCAGCCACCCGCUGUCGCCAGGACAGAUGCCCUUGGCCGGAACUAAGAAGAGGCGUCGAGGCCAGUGUCCGGUCCCCUGCAGUGAUAGAGGGCUUGGUGCCUAGCCGAGUCCUCACUGUCCCCGGCAUCCCCUGAUCUGUGCAGCUCCAGCCUCACCCCCUCCCCACGUUCACCAUACCUGGGGAGUUCCUGGCCCGGGGUGUCCUGGGGCCACCCUCCCUGCCCCCAAAACAGGGAUCCCUGGCAGGCUGCCUUCCCACGCCCCUGAGUUCAGAAUCGGGGACCCAGGCCAGGUUGGGAGCACAGCCGCUCCCCAAACCCAGCAAACCAGCAGAGAGCCGGUUUCCCAGCAGCUGGAGCCCUGCAGGAGCGGCCUUUUUUUGUUUGUUUGUUUUUUUGUUUUUUUUCUUUUGAGAGAGUUUCACUCCGUUGCCCAGGCUGGAGUGCAGUGAUAUGAUCUUGGCUCACUGCCACCUCUGCCUCCCGUCCCGUGUUCAAGCAGUUCUCCUGCCUCAGCCUCCCUAAUAGCUGGGGUUACAGGUGCCUGCCACCACGCCCAGCUAAUUUUUAUCUUUAUAGUAGAUGUGGGGGUUUCACCAUGUUGGCCAGGCUGGUCUUGAACUCUUGACCUCAGGUGAUCCGCCCGCCGGGGCCUCCCAAAGUACUGGGAUAAUAGGUGUGAGCCACCGCGCCCAGCCUGGAGUGGCCUUUUAUGAGAGGGGACUCGUCAAAUCUGUGCCUUAUGGAGGAGUCCGGCAGCGGCCACAAUUGUCUUGUCCCCUCGCCCCCCAACUCCCCCGGGAACACCUCCCCUAGGCAAGGCAUUUUCACAGCACCAUUCACAACGGUUGGGCCAAAAAGAAACUUUUCCUUCAUCGUUUCCUGCACUCGCUGACCGUGACUUUAGACACCCCAGGCUGCCACCCCUCACCGCCCGUUCACCCCCAGGAUGCUGUUGCUGUAGGACGCCUGCUGCCCUGGAGCCCUCCCCGGGAUGUGGGCCAGUCCCCUCGCUGGUGCGGAAUGCCGCUGGGUGCCCGGAGGCGGCCGUGGUGUCUCGGUGGACGGCAGCCAGGAUGGAGCACCCAUGGGUCCCACGGCCGUGCUUCAGGGUCUUCAGGUCCUGCCCCCUUCCCCAGCCUCUCGGCUGCACUGAUGCAGGCAAAGUCUCACCUGGCAGGCCCAUCCCCCCCACCCCUCCCCCGCCGUGGGUGGCCCCUCGCAGCAUCGUUGGGGUUUUGUUACGUGAAAAUAUCCUGGAAAUAAAUACAUGUUUCUGCA